UUACGUUCCUCUUUCUCUGUUUUAUUGUACGAGCAGCCGCACUCCGGCGAAGACCGCCGUCGCCCAACGCCGCCCGCCGAGGCUACAAGUGGCGGAGAUACCAGUAUAAUUAUUAAUUGUUGAAUAAAGACGAUAUUAGCAUUCGAGUGCCGUUUUUGGAAAGUGAAAUUUCCAACAACAACUAUUCUAUUCUGAAAUCUUCGCCGCAGUUUUCAAAGAAAGCAAGAUCUCGGGGGCCCUGAUUCAUGGAGUCGGAUAUUCAGCAAAAACAUCACCGUCUUCUCCACGAUGACCAGUACGAACUCCACCACCGGCAGACAAACUCCGGGUUGACUCGGUACCAAUCGGCGCCGAGCUCGUACUUCACCAGCGUCGUCGACCGGAAAUUGUGCGAGCAAUUCGUGAGUAGGCCGUCGAGUCCGGAGACGGAGCGAAUCUUCGCACAAUUUAUGACCAGCGGGAGCGGCGCGCAACAAAUUGUAGCAGUGCCGCCGACGGUGAAAAGCCAAGCGGAGGACGUAAUUCAGAAACAGAGCAAUAUGAAGCGUUACACAUCUGUUUUGAACCAAAAUCAAUGGAAACCCCCUUUGCCAAAUAAGAGCAUUAAUUUGAGGAGGGAAGAUAGUUAUUCAAUGGAAAUGGGCGGUAAUUGCAGCCUUGUUCGGCAGAGCAGUUCACCUGCACAGUUGCUGUCCCACAUCAACCUUGAAAUUGAAACUGCAGGGUUCCCGUUUGAGAAUUGGGAGGAUACAGACACGGACAUCAUUAUGCUAUCCAAGUCCCAAAAUCAGCAUAUGAAAGCCAGAAAUCAAGGUCCUAUGUUGGGUCCAGCUUUUCUCCACUUAUCAGAUUCUGUACCCUGCAAAAUCCGUGCCAAGCGGGGCUGUGCAACUCACCCUAGAAGCAUAGCUGAGCGAGUUAGGCGAACAAGAAUCAGCGAGAGGAUGAGGAAAUUACAACAACUUGUGCCCAAUAUGGAUAGGCAAGCAAAUACAUCAGAAAUGUUGGAUUUGGCUAUUGACUACAUAAAGUGCCUUCAGAAACAAGUUCAGACACUAUCAAAUAAUCAUCAAAACUGUAGAUGCUCAAACAAGCAGCUGCAACAAAAUACUAGUAUGUUGUGAUUAUUUUGCAACAUGAGAAGGGUAGAAAGAUUUCCAACAAGUGCGUAAUCAAGAUAUAAAAUGUGUAUAAAUGGCUGAUUAUAACGUUCUAACUUCUUGACUUGAUGCAAA